AUGGAGAUCAAGAACGACCGUAAGACGGGAAUGGUGACUGUACAACAAACCAAGUUCCUCAAGUCCGUGUUAACCAAGUUCGGAAUGGAUAACAGCAAGCCAGUGAAGACGCCUCAAGAUCCCGGCCUGAAGCUAACCAAGAACAUGUGUGAACAAGAAUGCAAGCACGAAGACACCAUGUGCAACGUGCCAUAUCGAAGUGCUGUCGGAGGCAUCAUGUAUCUCAUGGUCGCCACACGUCCGGAUCUAGCUGCUGCAGUGGGAUCAUUAUCCCAGUUCUCGUCCGACCCAUGCCCGACUCACUGGCAAGCUUUGAAGCGUGUGCUGAGAUACCUGCAAGCAACGCCCAAUCAUGGUCUUGAGUUUACACGUGAAGAAGGAAGCCGUAUCUGCGGGUACACCGACGCAGACUGGGCCGGCGACAUUGAGUCAAGACGAAGUACAAGCGGCUAUGUGUUCAUGAUGAGCGGAGGAUGCAUCAGCUGGAAAAGCCAGAAACAACGGACGGUCGCGCUAUCUUCAACAGAAGCAGAAUACAUGGCGCUUUCCGAAGCAACCAAAGAAGCAGUAUGGCUCAAAGUGCUUUUGGGGAACUUGGUGAGAUGA